AUGUCUUUUUCAGGUUAUAGCUUCAUCGUACUAACAUUAUUGUCCAUCGUCUUAACUCAAAUCUAUGGUUUGAGAAGCUUUAGCCGAAUGGACGAUCUCCAACCGGCAGAAACACUAGCGGUUCACAACCAGAUUCGAGCUGCGGACCAAAAACUUGCUGCCCAUGCACAGAGGUACGCUAACGUACGUUCCCAAGACUGCGCCAUGAAAUAUUCCACCGACGGAACGUACGGAGAGAAUAUAGCCGCCGGGUGGGUCCAACCUAUGGACACCAUGAGCGGUCCGAUCGCAACAAAGUUUUGGUUUACGGAGAAGCCUUAUUACAAUUAUGCCACCAACAAAUGCAGUGAACCGUGUGGGCAUUAUACUCAGAUUGUGGCUAAUCAAUCGACACACCUUGGUUGUGGUACGGUUAGGUGUUUUAAGAAUGAGUAUGUUUGGGUCGUAUGUAACUAUGCUCCUAGGCCGAUGGGUGAUGCUAAUACUCGUCCGUACUGAUCAAUACGGUAUAAUGUGACUAAAUAGAAAAUUAAGAUAAUGGGUAAUAGACACGAUUAUAUGCGACAUGGGUUUGCAGUUUAGUAGUUUGUAUUAGUACAUUGUUGAUGUUUCAAUAUUUGGAUUCAACUAUAAAAGAAUGCGUGUUUUGAGUUGAAAGAAA